AUGCGCAGCGCUGCGAGGAGGGCCGCGGCUCUGUUCCAGCAGCUGAAGCCCGGACCGGGCGCAGUGCCGAAGCGCGGGCGAGCGACGCAGGCUCCGCAGGCGCUCGAGGUCAAGAGCGCCCCGAAGGACGCUGUCGCGAAGGAUUUCAGCCCCAAGGGCCCCAAGAAGGGUCUGGAGGACGGUGCUAACCUAGACCCGGCUUCAACAGGAUGGCCCUGGUCGAGGAUUUUUCCCUGGGCCGUGGGGGGGUCUCUCCUGACGUGCGCCGUCCUGUACACGGACGCAGUCGUCCGCGACAAGGACAGGGCCAACCGCCCAACGUCUGAGACGUCCACCAUCGAGAACUGGUCCGGCACGCACUCCGUAGAGACGAACCUCUUCCAGCCCGAGACCGUCGAGGAGCUCGAGCGCAUCGUCCGGGACGCGUACAGCCGCGACCCCCCGCUCAAGAUCCGCCCCGUCGGCUCGGGGCUGUCCCCGAACGGCAUCGCGUUCGAGUCCGAGGGCAUGAUCUCCCUUGCGCUACUAGAUAAGGUUCUCUCGAUUGACACGAAGCGCAACCGCGUGACCGUCCAGGCCGGCGCGCGCGUGCAGGAGGUCGUCGAGGCGCUCCGGCCGCACGGCCUCACGCUGCAGAACUACGCCAGCAUCCGCGAGCAGCAGAUCGGAGGGUUCACGCAGGUGUCGGCGCACGGCACGGGCGCAAAACUGCCGCCCGUGGACAUGCAGGUGGUCUCGAUGAAGGUCGUGACGCCGGGGAAGGGCACGAUCACGCUCGACGCCACGGACGGGUCGCUGUUCGAGCUGACUAAGGUGGGACUCGGAAUGCUAGGUGUGGUGUCGGAGGUGACGCUGCAGUGCGUUCCGGCGCACCGGCUGCUCGAGAAGACCUUCACGGCGACGCGCGCGGAGGUGAAGAAGAACCACAGCAAGUGGCUCCGCGAGAACAAGCACCUCCGCUACAUGUGGAUCCCAUAUACUGAUACGGUGGUUGUCGUUCAGUGCAACGAGUCCAGGGACGGCAAGAUCCCCGGCCGCGGGUCCGGGUGGUUCUCCAAGCCCUUCCCGGAGAAGGAGUUCACCGACGCCGAGCGCCUCGAGCCCCUCCGCGACCUCUACCUCCGCAUGAACGACGCCAAGCUGCAGGACGUGCUGGGGCUGAGCGCGACGCAGCUGCGGGACCACCUCCUCGCGCUCAACCCGCUGGGCACGGGGUUCGUGAGCAAGGUGAACGAGGCGGAGGCGGAGUUCUGGCGGCGGUCGCAGGGGUACCGCAUCGGGUGGUCGGAUGAGAUUCUGGGCUUUGACUGCGGCGGACAGCAGUGGGUGCUGGAGGUGGCGUUCCCGACGGGGACGCUGAAGAGCCCGUCCGGCGCGGACAUUGCGUACAUGGAGGAGCUGCUGGACGAGAUUGAGCGGCGGCAGGUGCCGGCGCCGGCGCCGAUUGAGCAGCGGUGGUCGGCGCGCUCGUCGUCGCUCAUGUCGCCCGCGCACAGCGAGAACCCGGACACCGUGUUCUCGUGGAUCGGGGUCAUCAUGUACCUCCCGACCUCGGACCCCGUUGAGAGGGCGAUGAUCACGUCCAAGUUCCGCGACUACGUCCGCAUGUGCGAGGACACGCUCAUGCCCAAGUACGGCGCGUACUGGCACUGGGCCAAGCUCGAGCUGCCCAGCAGCGAGGAGCGCCGGCGGUGGCUGCGCAGCUACAUCGCAAACAAGUACCCGAUCCGCCGGUUCCACGCGCGGCGCCGGGAGGUGGACCCGAAGGGCCAGCUCGCCAACGAGGUGCUCGAGGAGGCGCUCGCGGGGCCCGCGCACGAGGACAGUCACAACUGA